ACAUUGAUUUAAAAAAUCAUUUUCAACAUUAACUUAUCACGUUACAACCAAGAUAUUCAUCUACUUUAUAAAGAUCCAUUACACUAGCAAGUGAUAACUACCAAAUUAAGUUCAAAAGUUCAACAAUGGAUUCUAGCCUCCAAAUUUCACUAGGAAAAAUCCAUGGCAGUAGCAGCAGAAACAGCUUUGAUGACCACCAUGACCAAGUGGUGGUGGUUAUGGUACCUUUCCCUGCACAAGGACAUCUCAAUCAGUUCAUGCACUUGUCACGCGUAAUCUUGCCACACAACAUACCUGUUCAUUAUGUUGGCACAGCCACACACAAUCGUCAAGCCACACUUCGUGUCCAAGGUUGGGACCCAAACUCCAUUUCAAACAUCCAUUUCCAUGAUUUUGAAGUUCCUCCCUUUGCUUCCCCACCUCCCAACCCCCGUGCUGAAACCAAAUUCCCAUCUCACAUGAUUCCUUCCUUUGAGGCCUCUUCACAUCUUCGUGUGCCUUUGGCAGCACUUCUCCAAUCUCUUUCAUCUGUGGCUAGAAGAGUCAUAGUAAUCCAUGACUCCAUGAUGUCGUCGGUGGUUCAGGAUGCCAAAAGCAUAGCAAAUGUUGAGAGUUACACACUUCACAGCACUUGUGCCUUUAUAGCCUUCUUACACUUUUGGCACAAAAUGGGAAAACCGCAACUAGAAAGCUCACAUAUCCCACAAGUUCCUUCUCUUGAAGGAUGCUUCCCCAUCCAAUUCAUGGAUUUCAUUACCAAACAGAGUGAACUCAUGGAAUUCACUGAUGGACACAUUUACAACACAACCAGAGCAAUUGAAAGUCCUUACAUGGAGUUUAUGGAAAGGAUCAUGGGUAGCAAGAAGCAUUGGGCAUUGGGGCCCUUCAACCCUCUAACCAUUAAGAACAGUUCAAUGGGAAGGAACUUUGUCAUGGAGUGGCUUGAUAGACAAGAGCAAAAAUCUGUUCUAUAUGUAUCUUUUGGGUCAACAACAACCUUCAUAGAGGAGCAAAUUGAACAGAUAGCAAAUGGAUUGGAGCAAAGCAAGCAAAAGUUCAUCUGGGUGUUGAGAGAUGCUGAUAAAGGAGACAUCUUUGAUGGCGAUAAAGUAAAAGAACGUGGCCUUCCCAAAGGUUUUGAAAAGAGAGUUGAAGGCAUGGGGCUAGUUGUGAGAGAUUGGGCACCCCAAUUAGAAAUUCUAAGCCAUCCUUCAACAGGAGGGUUUAUGAGUCACUGUGGAUGGAACUCAUGCAUAGAAAGCAUGUCCAUGGGGGUGCCAAUAGCAGCAUGGCCUAUGCACUCUGACCAGCCAAGAAACACUGUUUUGAUAACUGAAGUGCUAAAGGUUGCUUUGGUAGUGCAGGACUGGGCUCAAAGAGAUGAGUUGGUAACCGCUUCAGUUAUUGAGAAUGCAGUGAGAAGGUUGAUGGAAACAAAGGAAGGAAAAGAGAUGCGAGAGAGAGCAAUGAACCUUAAAAAAUCCGUCCAUGAGUCUAUGGAUGAAGGUGGAGUCUCUCGUAUGGAAAUGGAUUCUUUCAUUGCUCAUAUAACUAGAUAGUAUGCUUUAAGUAACCACACAUUCUUCUAGUAUACACAAGAUGGUCUUACCAAAUGGUGGUGUAGUGUGGUACCAAAUAAGAUAUGACAAAAUUUUAUAGCACAUGAAGAAGAGAAUGUAAAAUAAGUUUGGCAAGAAAGUAUGCAGAUCUUUCUGUGUUUCAAGAUA